AUGGAUGAAUUGGCGCUGUCAUUUUCCCUGACGUGUCUCCUUCCUAAGAACAGAGCAUCUCUGUCUCCAGCCCAGCCUCUGUCAUUCCAGCACCUUAAAGCUCCAGCCACACUCACCUGCGAGGAUGAGAAGCAGCAGAGCCUGGGACAGCCACAUGGUACUGUGUCCUCUCCUCUCCUCGGUGAUCACAGGUGUCUGGUGCCCUUCAGACACUUGAAUCCAAGCUCGGAAGUCAAUGCCGCAAACCUACUUGAAUCUCCUUCAAGUUUCUUGCUCACUUCCUAUUAUGUCUGUAGCUACUUCUCUUUUUACAUAUUAGGAGAAAAGAAGUGUCAUUCUUUGCUAUGGUACAGUGUGUGUUGCGAGGUGUGUCCAAACUUUUGUGCAUGUAGGAAAGAAAAUGGGUCCAGGCCUGGUCAGGUUUGCACGGCAGUGCAUGUGGGAGCCAAGGAGCAGGAGGAGCCAGGAGGAACCCAGGCAUUGAGGAGCUGUGGGAUCUACUGCCAGGAGGAGAGGACAGACAAGGCUGGCCAUGAGGAGUGCGGGGAGAGGAGCAGUUUGGGAAGCCCACAGUGCACAGGACUCACACCCAGCCUUGCUGGAGAAAGCCCAUGCCCCAGGCUCCUUCCAGGCAGCCCCACUGUAAGACAUCUCAUUGCCUCUUCCUGCUCUGGGCUGUCUGACCCACUGCCCCUACCCCCAGGACCGCUUCCUCUGGGGUCGUGAGUCACUCUGAAGCCACUGUGAAGCCAAGGACGGGCUCAGUGGGGAAGGUCAGGAAUGGAGAAGUUGCCUUUUCUCAUUAG